AUGAGUGAUCGCGCGCAACCACUCGGUGGUCCUCGAGGUGAUCUGGACCACCCUCAUCACCAACACGGAUUACCUCUCGGGCCUCUUGACUUUGGACUAUCUCUCAAGAAAGUCGGCUCCAAGUAUCCCCUUAUCGCGCUCUACACGGACGCCUUCCCCGCCGAGGGUCACGCCGCUCUCGACGCGCGCGGGAUCCUCAAACGCCAUGUGCCGUAUCUGCUCCCCUCCGUCUCCAAGGACUACACCAAUGACGUGCGCUUCUACGAUUGCUGGAGUAAAUUGACUCCGUUCUCGCUCGUCGAAUAUGAUCGCGUCGUCCAGCUGGAUAGCGACAUGGUCGCGCUCCAGAACAUGGACGAAUUGAUGGAUCUGGAACUCGAUGCGCCGGAAUUGGAGGGGACUGGAAACCGUGUCUUUGCCGCCAGUCAUGCCUGCGUGUGCAAUCCGCUUCAAAAGGCGCAUUAUCCGAAGGAUUGGAUCCCUGCCAAUUGUGCCUUCACCACCCAGCACAACGAUCCCGAGUCCGCCCAGACCACCGGCCCCCCACCAACCGCCGGUCUGGGCAUGCCCAACGGCGGACUCCAAGUCGUCAACCCUUCCCAAGGCACUUACGACAAGAUCAGCGCCCAAUUAGCCUCAUCAACCGCAUCCAGCUACGACUUUGCCGACCAGUCUCUCCUGGGCGACGUCUUCCACGGCCGCUGGGUCGCCAUCCCAUACAUCUACAACGCGCUCAAGACCCUGCGGUGGAAGGGCGUGCACGACGCCAUCUGGCGCGACGACAAGGUCAAGAAUGUGCAUUAUAUCCUGAGCCCAAAGCCCUGGGAUGAGUGGAAGGCGCAGCAAAAGGGGACACAGGACCAGGACCAGGAUUCUCAGAAGAGCCGGGAUCCGUCUCAUGCGUGGUGGAUCGCGUUGAAUGAGGAACGAUUGAAGACAGAAAGAGCGCAGAGCUUAAAUGAUGGAUUUUAA